CGUGCCUCGGCAGUCAACAAUCAAAGCAAACUUCCUUUCUUUGACUCCGCUCAGAAACACGCAACAUGGAAGCAUCUAAGGCGCCCCGACCCCUCUCGGAUGAUUUCGAAAUCCACGAGUACACCCAGGGCGAUGUCGCCUCUCCCGGAACUGCCCCCCUCCUGAGAUUCCUUCUCAACUUCACUAAACCGGAGACAGACUACCAGGAGGCCUUGAAAAGCAAAGACGGCCGUGCACUAUGGUCGAUCGGCAACGAGGCGUUGAGGGCGGUGCCUUUUCGCGGGCGGUCUACUCGUGGCGCCGAGCCGGAGCCCGCGCCUGGGAAGCAUGAGAUUCCCGAUGAAAGCGCACAAGACGAGGCGACCUAUACGGACAUGAUCAAUGGCCCGGGGUUGAAGGGCGUACCCAAGGGCACCUCGGUAACCAUCGUCGGUGGAGGCAUUUCAGGCCUCGUGGCUGGCUACGAGCUUAAGCGGGCCGGCUUUGUCGUUCACAUCCUCGAGGCAUCCUCUCGGGUAGGCGGCCGCAUAGUCACUUUCCGGGACCCCGUCCUCGCCCCGGGUCUGCAUGGCGAAGGAGGCGCCAUGCGCAUUCCUGGGAACCAUUUUCUCUUGCGCGCCUACCUUAAAAAGUUCCAGCUCGAUGACCAACUGUUUCGCUUUGAGAUGAAGAACAAGUUCAUCUACCUUUCGGACUACCAAGGUGGCUCUAAGUUGACGUAUGACGACUUCAACAAGAAGCUGAACGCAAAAGAUCGCGACCUGCUCGCUGUCUUCCCGGGUCUAGAUGAAACCGAGAAAGGCAAAACGUGCGACCAGCUCUUCCUUGAAGCCGUCGCGCCCGUCGUUCAAGAAUUCGAGGAUGCCUACAACAAGGGCGACGGCGACAAGCCCAUCAGGAUUCGCCGCGCAUACCAGACAGUCACCCGUAAGUACGAUAAGUACACCCUCCGUUCGUUCCUCAAGGAGGUCGCCGGGUGGAGCGACGACGCCAUCAGGCUCUACGACCUCGGCAACGCCCACGUCGUGUACGAGAACGGCUUCAUCGAGUCCUGGAAGGAUGCUUUCCUCUCGAGCAACACCGAAGGCCAGACGUCCGGCAUGCAGCAGCUGCAGUACGGCAUGGACCAGGUUCCCAAAGCCUUCCUUUCGUCGGACCUGGGGGAGGAAUCCCUUGACGAUAACAUCACGUACGGCGCCCGCGUGACGCACCUGGAAGACCUCCCCCCUCAGGGCGACAAGUCCCCCCAGGUCAAAGUCCACUACGAGACGGCCAACCACAAGUACACUCUCACCUCGGACUACGUCAUCCUCGCGGUGCCCUACACGGCCCAACGGCUCAUCACCAAGUCCCGUCCCUUCAGACUGGAGCUGGAGCAGGCCAUCCGCGACGUGCGCUACAUCGAGGUAACCAAGGUCCUCCUGCAGUACAAAAAGCGCUGGUGGGAGCAAGUCUUCACAGAGAACGGCCAGGGCACCGACGGCGGUCUGGUCAGCGACCUGCCGAUCCGGUACACCAUGUUCCCGGUGACCGAGGGCAACACGCAGACCAACGACACGAACCGCGGCGCCAUCAUGGCGGCCUACACCUUCCAGCAGGACGCCACCAUCCUCAGCGCCAUGCCGGAGGAGCGGCGGGUGCGCACGGCGGCCGAGAACCUAGACCGCAUCUUCCCCGGCGCCGGCUCGCUGAAGUAUCUCGAGGGCGGCACGUCGCAGGCCUUCCCCACCGACGAGCUGGCGGGCGGUAGCGCCUUCUGCUACUUCGGCCCCCGCCAGAAGGGCCAGUACCUCGAGACCAUGUGCACUCCGGACUGGGCGUACCCCAAGGACCCCAAGAGCUACCGCGUCUUCCUCGCCGGCGAGCACGCCAGCUACACGCACGGCUGGAUUCAGGGCGCCAUGGAGGCGGCCCUGCGUUGCGUGAGCCAGGUUCAUAAAGCGGCGACG